AUGGCAAGCAAUUUGGAUGGUAAUGAUAGACCAACACAUACAGGUGAUAUGACAGAUGAUGAUAUUUAUAAGCGAGAUUCUGCAGAGGUGAUGGAAUUGCAAGAUUUUAAUGGCACCAUGAAGAACUACGAUCUGGAGCCAGACUUCGUACACCAGCGUACACAUAGCGUAGGGACUUUUGAUGAGCAAGACUGUUACGAUGAGGGGGAUUCUGAUGCUGUGUACAUCGCCCAAGCAAGGGAUACCCUCAACCAGCCGUUCCCGCUCCGAUCCAAAGUUAUGUCCUUCUGCGUGGGUCUGUUCGUUGCCGUGGGUGGAUUUCUCUUCGGAUACGAUACGGGGCUCAUUAACAGUCUGACCGAUAUGCAGAUGUUCCAGAAGAAUAUGGCCCCAGAUCAUACUUCAUUCACGAAUAGCGAGUUUUCCAUUCUUGUAUCGUUCCUCUCCCUGGGGACAUUUUUUGGCGCCUUGGUCGCUCCAUGGAUAGCAGGGAAAUAUGGGAGAAAGCCAACCAUCAUAUUCUCAACAGCAGUUAUCUUCACCAUCGGGAACUCGUUGCAAGUGGCGGCACAUUCAUUGAGGCUGUUGGUGGCAGGACGUGUCAUAUCAGGUUUUGGGAUUGGCAUCAUAUCCGCUGUGGUGCCGUUAUACCAAGCAGAGGCAGCGGAGAAAAGUUUAAGAGGCGCCAUUAUUUCAAGUUACCAGUGGUCCAUCACAAUUGGACUGUUGAUCUCGAAUGCGGUCUCUCAAAGAACUUAUGGGAUGCAGACAGCUGCAGCCUAUAGGAUACCCAUUGGAUUACAGUACGUCUGGUCUGCUAUCCUCGCCGUGGGGAUGGUUUUCUUACCAGAAUCUCCCAGAUUCUACGUUUUAAAGGACCAGUUAAUUAAAGCUGGCAAAUCGUUAUCGUUUCUGAGGGGGGUCCCUAUCGAGGACCCACGGUUACUGGAGGAAUUGGUGGAGAUCAAGGCAACCUACGAUUACGAGGCCUCCUUUGGUCGGUCGAGUAUCUGGGAUUGUUUCAGAUCAAGCGAGAACAGGCCGAAACAAGAACUGAGAAUGUUCACUGGUAUCGCUAUCCAGGCUUUCCAGCAAUUCUCCGGCAUUAACUUCAUAUUCUACUACGGUAGCACCUUUUUUAAGAACACGGGCAUCAACAACCAUUUCACGGUGUCCCUAAUCACGUACGCGGUUAACGUUGCAUUCAAUGUCCCCGGUAUGUUUUUUGUGGAGUAUUUUGGUAGAAGAAAAGUGUUGCUAGUCGGUGGUGUGUUGAUUGCAACUUCCAAUUUCCUCGUUGCCAUUGUGGGGACCACCUUACACACAAACUACGUCUCCAAAAUCGUCAUUGCAUUUGUCUGUUUCUUUAUUGCAUCCUUCUCGGCCUCGUGGGGUGGGGUUGUGUGGGUUAUAUCCGCUGAGCUCUUCCCACUUGGGGUCAGGGAAAAAUGCACUGCCAUCUGCGCAGCUGUGAAUUGGCUGUCCAAUUUUGUCUGUGCGUUAAUCAUUCCGUACAUUAUCAAUACCCGCAACACGGUGCAUAUCUCCGCAGGCUGUCGAAUAUUUUUCAUCUGGGGCCCGUUGAACGCACUGGGGACGAUCAUUGUAUAUUUUACCGUUUACGAAACGAGCGGGUUGAGGUUGGAAGAGAUCACAGAACUGUAUAGGAACUCCAAGAACUGUUUUGAUUCAGUUCGGUGUAACAAGAUCUUACGAGAGCGACCCAUUGUCAUGUCCGCGCAACCGAUGGUGAACAUGUUACACGACCUGCAAGCGAGAAACACGCACGAUCACCCUCGACCAAGUGUGUCACCUUCGGCGGCCAUCCCACGUAACAGCAUUCAUGGAGGUGCGCCAUUUGGCAGAGCACCUGAUCGUAUGAGCCUCUCAACGGAUGACGUUGAUCCGCACUUCUCGCACUCGUUGUACAGACGCCACAGCAAACAGUCCCAAGAUGGCAACUAUGCAACGGAGGCCCAGUUCGAAGAGGAGGAUCUAGGCCAAUCCAAGGACCUUGACAUCACUCAGAACAUUGUUGAUUUGGGUAACGGGCUGGGUUUAAACACUUACAAACGCGGGCCGCCAUCCAUAUUAACGGAAUCGAGCAUUGAUGAUGGAGACCUCUCGUACACGGGCGACUCGGCGACCGAUGGGAAACACUCCACCACUGUCAACGAGUACAUGGCGAAUCUUACAUCGUCAACCGCCAGCAACGGGGCCAGCAGUUACAGCUCUUUUUACGCUAACCAUAGGAAAACUGGGGACACCUCCAGUGGCCAAAGCGAGGUGGAUUGGUCUCAAUUCCUUUCCCACCGCUCGGAAGCAUCCUCUUCGCGUAACACAGCCGAGGACCCAGGAACUCAGGAAUAG